AUGACGAGCAACUUAUCUAAGCAAUUCUUCAAAAGUCCCUACUAUGCUGUUGUAGGCGCAAGCACUGCUCGCACAAAGUUUGGUAAUCGAGUUUUACGCUGGUAUCAAUCGAACGGUCUAGAUGUAACGCCCAUUCAUCCCAAAGAAGCCAAGAUUGAGGAGCUAGCUACCAAACCUUCCAUCGAUCAACUGCCUUUCCCUGUCAAGACCUCCAUUUCCAUCAUUACACCACCUGCCGUAACGCUUGGUGUACUAGAACAAGCCAAGGAAUUAGGCAUGAGAGAGAUUUGGAUCCAACCAGGAGCCGAAGAUCAAAAAGUCAUUGAUUUUGCCAAAGAAAACGAAGCGGAUAUGAACAUCAUCUUGGGCGGGCCAUGCAUUCUGGUCAAGGGGUCUGCACUUUUACAAGAAUCAAGACUUUAA